AUGAUGAUUUGUGCCCCAAUGACGAAAAAUAGUAAGCCGGACAAUAAGGGAACCAACUUGAAGAAUAAGAAGAACGUCCACAAGGAGAGUCGCACGAACGAUGGCGACGAGGACGAGGAAGACGAUGAUAAUGAGAGCAAAAGUCGCAACAAAAAUGAUCGCAACAAUGAUAGCAACAUCUACAGCAACGAAAUUGGUAGGUGUCAACUAGACGAAAAGAGCAACACUCUCACCGUCGUGGGGAAAGGGAAAAGGGAACCAAAGAGUAAAUGUGACGACGGGAAAGAAUCCAAGGGGAGUAGCACGUGCGGGGGAGGCACCCCUAGUGGAACUGUCAGCGGCACGAGUAGCGCAAUUGGAAGCGCAAUCGGAAGCGCAAUCGGGAACGAAAUCGGAAACGCUAACGGAACCGCCAAAGGUGUGCAGAAGGCAAAUGCGCAUAACCAAAAGGCAAGGAAAAAAAAAAAAGAAAUGAACAAGGAAAAUAAAAAAACUAACGCCAAAAUAGACGCACCCAAGGAAAAAAACAGAACGACGGAUGUCACUAACACAAACAGCAACGAACAUGCGAAAGAUAAAAUGAAUGGCCACAAGAAUGGUGCCAAGGAGAUCAAUGGUAAUGAAGAAAACGGCACACAUAGCAACAGCGCCGCUGAAGGGAAGAUAACGAUCAGUACCUUCACACAAGGGGAGAACAACGAGAAGAAGAAAAACACCACGGAACAAAAGAACAAGGCGAAUUCUAAGAAGGCCGCGAAGAAAAACAAACAGAAGAGCGAGAACUACCUGCAGAACACCUGGGUGUUCUUAUUCGACAAGGAAAACAGGAAGUACUACGAGCAGUUCGUGAACGGGCUGGUCUCCCUCGAAACGUUUAACACGAUUGAGAAGUUUUACAAGAACUACAAAUACAUGAAAUCCCCAUCGUCCAUCAAGGAGUAUUACAAUAUCUACCUCUUUAAGCACAACUACAAGCCGAUUUACGAGGAAUACUCGAACGGAUUCAUUUGCAUCAUAAAAAACGAUCACUGCUUUAGGGACAACGUUGCCGAUUUGAUUUGGGAAAAAAUGGUCCUCCUGGCCAUCGGAGAAGAAUUCAAUUUGGUCGACCUCUCAGGAAUACAAGUGUGCAUAAGAGAAAACGAAAUUUUUUUCAAAAUAUGGAUGAAGAACUACUCAAACUAUAUAAAGAACAUUCUAAUGAAACGAGUAAGCGAAUUGCUGGACCUGCCACCGGACACCUCCAUAAUAACCAAGAUUCUCUCCCAGUACAGUAAUGGGUACCCGGAUUUUAUGUAUGACUAUAAUAUGGGGUACCCCAUGGAAGGCUUUCCUAACAAUGGAAUAAACAACGAAAUGCAUGGAGAAAAGAAUUUUGGCAGUAAUCAACUAAACGGAGUAGACAAUGCCGAAAGGAGAAAUAAAUUUGAUUAUGUAAUGAAGAACAGAGAUUAUAGGAAGCAUUUUUUCUAUCCAAAUAAUACGAAUGAACAUUUUGAAAAUAGCAGAAACAGCACGUGUAUAUAG